CGGAAGCACAGGCCAGGGAGAGUCACACUCGCGGGAAAAACGGAAACGUGUUCAGUGUUCAUGCGACCUCCAGCAGCGGUUCAAAACUGCCUCCUAAGCCUCUUCCUGUCUUUGUGUGCAUGCUUGUCUUGGUGUGUCACUUAAUGUGUAAGGCUGUGGGUUAAAAGAAGCAUGCAAGAUGGAAAACGAUACAGUGGAGUGCUCCACCUCUGGCCACAACAAGCAAGUCACCAGCCAAGCAGUCACUGAAGAAUCCCAAGUCAAGGCUUUCCAUUGUAGUCACUGUGUGUUGAUCUUCAAAUCCAAGGUGUACCUUUUUGAACACCUCAACAAGGUGCAUGGCCUCAAUACAGAAACUUCUCUCAGAGAGGCUGGAUUAUGCCCUGGGACUGACAAAGCCAACACAGAGAACAGCAGCAGCAGUUCAGGAGAUCAUUUUAAAUGCCAGAGCUGUGAUUUUAAAGCUUGUAGUUGGGAUGGUUUAAGUGAACACGAGGAACUGUGUCACAAAACUUCAGAAAAUCCUAACGUGUCAGGAGGUGUCAUCAUUUCAGAAAACCUCGACAGCACUUUUAGUGUCAUUUCAGCAAACCAGAAGAAUGAAGCUGCAGGAACAUCGGAGGAUCCGUCAGUUCUUUCAGAUAUUUCUACCUCAGAAAUGAAAUGCACGUUAAAGGACCUGAAAACCUACAAGAGGCCAUUGCAAACCAUUACUAAGUACUUCUCAGUGUCAUCUGGAUCAAAUACAAUGACUGAUGCAAAAUUAGCUGAUGGCACCAAAGAAACUAUAAUUUUGCAGGAAUCUCCUUCAAGCUCCUGUCCAAACAGUAGUGGUGUGUUUAAAGUCACAGCAAAGUCUGUGAUAGAUAUCACCGGAAGUAAGUCGUACCCUUUUUUGCACACUGACUUGACUACUGAUUUGACACCAUCUAAAACUCCGGAACAAUUCAGAAAAGAAACUGUUCCUGGCAGUGCUGUGAAGAGAUCCAGUGGUAAAAGUUCAAAAGGUCAUCCUGCCAAAAAAGCCAAGUUGGAUAACGAAGAGAUGCUCACGGAAAAAGAAAAUGAAAGUAGACAGCAGUCAUCCAGCAGCAACGAGUUUUCACUUGAACUCAGCGAAGAUGAAGACGAGGCAGACGCGCCAAAAGUGUAUUCUUGUAAACAUUGUGACUACAGUGACGUUGGCAUCAGGCGAAUUUCUGCCCAUUAUCAAAGUGACCACCCUUACAUCAGCUACAAUUCUGUCUACAUUCAAGACGCAAGUGAUCACAGUGCCACCUUUCGUUGUUUGGAGUGUCCAGUUGAGUUUUUAAGCACAGCUGACCUUAAGAGCCACUACUUGGAAAAUCAUCCAGAUGCCCCAGAUGUAUUUGCCAUGAAAUCAUGUGGCCUCAGUUUGGUUUUCAAAUGCUUUCUUUGUAAAUUUACUACCAAUCUAUUGAAGUCCUUGAAAGAACAUUACAAGGCAAAGCAUGCAACAUAUGAAGUGGAGAAUUCCUUAAUGUUCUGCAGAUAUUCAAUGUCUGAAUGCCAAGAGGAAUCGUCUCAGCUGAGUCUAGAAAAAUCAGGAGGUAUAUCUCCUGAGUGUGCCCAUACAUCCCAAAAUUCUUCCUCUGAAAGUGCAGACCUGGCCUUGUAUAAAUGCCAGAAAUGCAUGUUUAGUCACAAGUCAGUUGUUGCUAUGCAUGUUCACUACCAAAAAAGCCACCCAGAUGAAGUAAUCACAUUAGAUAAAAUCAAACAGUCAGCUUGUGCCACGUCACAUGCAGCAUUGACGAUGACAUCUGAGAAAUCUCCUCUAACAUCCACUCAAAAUGAAGAAGCUGCUCAGGAAAUCCUCAAGAUGAAAAUGAACAAGAAAAAGAAAAAAACAAAGAGGCAUUCAAAAUCUUUGGUCAUUUCAGCAACAUCCUCAGUGAAAACCCCACAGACAAAGAGGUCCCUGAACUGUUACAUGUGCGGAUACAAAACUGGUGUGAUAUAUGCUCUGAAGAAGCAUUUAAGCAAAACUCACAAAGUAAACCGUACAUUCACAGAUAUUUUAAGAUAUUAUUUUAGACAAGGAUCAUUAGAGCCUGGGUAUCAUUGUGAAUUCUGUGUUUUCAGACAUGAAAAAGCUGCAGUAGUUUAUGAGCACUACCAGGAACGCCACCCAGCACGUGUCCCCUGCGUUGAGUAUGUAAGUACUCAGUUAUAUGCCGGUCCUGGAAUGGUCCCUCCUAAAAAGAAGAAGCCUAACCUAGAGCAGAGUGAAGGCAAUGACACUGAAAACAGAUUGCUAUCCCAAAGAUCUGGACAAAAUAGAGCUGGUAUAUCUUGCAAAAGAUGCUCUUUUAAAAGUAAGUCAUUGUCAGAUCUGGCACACCAUUACCGAAUUGUUCAUCCUUUGAGUGCAAAACUUGCCAAGAAAGCAAACGCAAGCUGGCGGGUGGAAGACCAAAGUGACAGACGUGGCUCAUCUGACUCCUACCAGUUUGGUAAAUUACGGGCGUCCUCCACAGUGUUCAAGUGCCUUUACUGCUCUGCAAAUUUUAAUAGCAAACACGGUCUCCACGUUCACUGUGGAUUGAAACACCCGGAAGCUGUAAUCGAAAAAUAUGAACAUGAACAUGAACAAGAACAAAAACCAAAAAAGCAGCUCCAAAAACCAAAAAAGCAGCUCCAAAAUUCAAAAAAGCAGCUCCAAAAUUCAAAAAAGCAGCUCCAAAAUUCAAAAAAGCAGCUCCAAAAUUCAAAAAAGCAGCUCCAAAAACCAAAAAAGCAGCUCCAAAAACGUCUGCAUGAGAAGUUUAAGUCUAGCAUAACGGCAGAAGAAAGCCUCUUGAUCUACAAGUGUCCAAAGUGUCCAUAUGUGAAUGCUAGCUACCACGCGACCCUUGCUCACUGUCAAAUGAAGCAUCCAGCAAUUGUAGUCCGGGCAGAUGAACUUGAGACAGACGAAGUCUUUGCAUCAAACAUGGUCAAAUGUACUUUAGGAAAAGGUUCUAAUGAAAGAGGGUACUUGUGUAAAAAAUGUUCACAAAUCCAUGGAUCACUGAGAAAACUCAAUGCUCACCGUAAGAAGGUUCAUCAUGAUACAGAAGUGUAUGAGCACACUGACACUGAAAGCCAAAACAAAACUUCGAGAAAAGUAAGCAUUGCGAAAAGUAGACAGGCUUCACAAACGGAAACUCCUGAUGCAUGCCCGUCAACUUUGCUGUCCGGAGUCCGCAGCAACAAACAGUUGUACAAGUGCCAGAUGUGCACCUAUAAAGGAGCGAAUCGAAAAUACCUCCAGUGCCACUACAAAAAUACUCACAAAUUGGAUGCAGUCAGUAUUUACAAACUUCUUGAGAAAUAUAACGUACUUAAAUCAGGCAACAGCACAAAGGUUAAAUGUUUGAAAUGUCCGGACUUAACAUUCAAGUCAUCGCAGCUGCUCAUUGACCACUAUAGUACUUUUCACCGCUCAGAGUGGAAGUUGGACUUCACUGUGUUGUCACUAGGAUCGCCGAAAAAGAAAACCACAGGGGUUUACAAAUGUGACCACUGCAACACACAAUUAAUUGGGAUUAGAAAGGUGUGUUAUCACAUGGAUCGCCACAGAGCAAGGAUGCUAGAGAUGGCCAAGGCUGCGCAGAGAAAGGAGUCGCUUGUUAGCACAACAAUAGAGCAAGAAUCCAGCGAGCCCUGCAGGCAAGACGAAACGGCCACAUUGGAAACUGUGAACGAGGUUAAUCGUUGGAACGGGACACCAGUGCCGAGCGCCGCUACAUCAGAACUCUCUGAUGUACAGCAGCCAGAACUAGAAUCGAAUGAAGACAAACACACGUGUAAACAGUGCGGCCGGAUGUUUAUGUCAUUGAAAGGCUUGCAUUCACAUGAGCACAGCCACGCAGCCCUGGCAGCCAUCAAGAAACUGGACAAUAGCUCCACAUCUGGAUUAAAACACAACAUUAGCAAAUAUCUCAUCCACAAAUCUGGAACUCUGAGAUCUUUUCAGUGUAGUUGCUGUACCUAUCGGACAACAGUCUUUGGCCUCUGGAGGAGUCAUUUUAUGAAAAAGCAUCGUGAUCUCAUCAUGGGUGCGGCUGAGACUGAAGACAAAGAUGAGAGUGAAGAGAGGUUUGAUAAGGAGUCCUCUAAUUCAUCAGAGAAAAUGAAUAGCUUGCCUGAAAUUGAUGAGGGACGUGAACUUAUUAAAGGAUCUCUGUACUUGGAGCCCCCAGAUGUGCGGCGCCAGUUAAACCACUACACCAUGAUGGCACAGAGCAGCAUCAAAUCUAAAGUGAACAUGCAACUAUCAAAAUUACCUGAGAACGGCGUGCUUCACUGUGAGUUCUGCAAUUUCAGCACUGGACACCUGUCUAGUAUCCGGCGGCACUACCUAAAUUGGCAUGGAAAGAAAAUCCUCAGAUGUAAAGACUGCAACUUUUUCACAGGUUUAAGGAAAACUCUGGAAAUGCACAUGGAGAUGGGUCACUCUACCUGCCAGUCAAAGCCUACUCAUCAGAAGGACCUCUGCUGCCCUUUCUGUCUGUACCAAACUAAGAACAAGAACAACAUGAUUGAUCACAUCGUCUUGCAUCGUGAGGGACGUGUAGUGCCAAUAGAGGUUCGUCGCCCCAAACUGUCACGUUACCUUCAAGGCAUCAUCUUCCGCUGUCACAAAUGUACUUUCACCAGUGGCAGCCCAGAAAACCUGCGUUUGCACAUGAUGAGGCACGAUGACAUCAAACCCUACAAGUGUCAGCUGUGCUAUUUCGACUGCACCCAGCUGAGUGAUUUGGAGGCACACCUGAGCGAUAAGCAUCAGGUCGUGAGGAAUCAUGAACUUGUGGGUCAGGUGAGCCUUGAUCAGCUGGAGCCAAGCGUUGGUAAUGUGCCAGUAACAGAAGAGGAACAUUUGUCUAACAUGGACCAGCUCGAUAAGGAGACGGAAGAUGUAGAAAUGGAGGACUUUUUUGCAGACUGUGAUGAGGUUCCACAAGCUGAGAACCUGGAAGAAAACUAUACCACAGAGAAAAGUGCACUCCAGAUGAGGGAAUGCCAGGAAAGCAAUGGAGAAAGUCCUGGCGAGACUUCCGAAUCAGACAUUCAACAUGAGAAUGCAAAACCAAACUCUACUGUCCAACAAGAGCUGCAAGAACAAGCAGAGACUGUGCUUCUAGAGACUGCAAGAGAACAGGAGACAGGAAAUGUGGAACAAAGUGUUGCAGAAGUGAAAAUUACAGAUACCCCAUGUGAGGAUUGUGGCGGUCCAGAGGAAGAGAGGCAGACAAAUGAAAACCAAACCCAACCUAAGUUCAGAGAAUGUGGAGACAAACAACAAGCGGAGACAGGAAAUGAUUUCAAAGUGGAUGAAGAAACACCAGCUCAAAAGCAAGACGUUAAAGCAUGCUUCAAGGAGGAAGAAGAGAAAGGUCCUUUCGAGCAGAAGCAGAACGAAGAAUCUGAGAUGCUCACAGAAGACGAGCAACGACACCAAGAUCAGGCGCCUGGUGACCACGACGGGAUGAACGAUGAUGAUUGUCUGGAAGAGCAUGAAGGUAAAAAGAAAUUAUCUGAGAUGCUCACAGAAGACGAGCAACGGCACCAAGAUCAGGCGCCCGGUGACCACGACGGGAUGAGGGAUGAUGAUUGUCUGGAAGAGCAUGAAGGUAAAAAGAAAUUAUCUGAGAUGCUCACAGAAGGCGAAAACGGCACCAAGAUCAGGCGCCCGGUGACCACGACGGGAUGA